CGGUGUGGGUAGGUCGAUAGCGUGGCUUGGAGACUCAGUGCGCGCCGCGUCGCGCCCCUGCGAGCCCGCGGCCCCGCCAUGAGGGCACGCGAACCGCUAGCUCUCCUUCUAGCGAUAUUCUACGCCGUUAACUACACUUUUGCCGAGAAAAGCAAGUUCUAUUAUAUGGAAUCACUAUGCAAGGACCACUUUCUUCAACGUCAAUACAGAAAGUUAGACGGAGGUGUCCUGUGGUCAAGGAACGAGAGGAAUCUGGACUGCACCGUGACUUUCCAGACGCACAGCAUCCUCCAGAGGUUCAUGCUGCAUUUCGAUCUACUGCAAUUGGAUUGCAAUGACCAUCUCUACGUGUACGACGGGGCGCAUGCCACCGCGCCGCCGAAGGCUGACUUAUCGUGCCGGAACACCAAGCAGCAGGUCGGAGCCCUGUUCACGCGCAGCAACUUCGUGACCCUGAAGUACGUCACUGACAACUGGGGCACGGACGCGAACGGCUUCAAGCUCGUCAUCACUGCAGUCAAAGAUCCUAUUCCAGAGCACGGCUGCAAGGAGUUCAGGUGCAAGCAGAGAGAGUUCUGCGUGAGUGCAGAUCUAACCUGCGACGGCGUGGACCACUGCGCCGAUGGUUCAGAUGAAGACACGGUCGCUCUAUGCCCAGAGAGCGGCGGUAGCGGUUCGAGCAGCACGUGGUUGGUGGUGGCGGGAGGGGCCGGGCUGUUGCUGGCGCUGAUCGCCGCGACCCUCGGCUGCUGUCUCUGCCGACGCCGCGCUGCCAACCGCCGCACGCAUCUACAUUUACAACAGAUGAACGUGAGCAACGGCGGCGGGGCGGGCGCGGCGCCGGAUCCGGGCGUCGGCACGCGGCUGCCGGGAAACUGGGCGCUCCCUGCGGGCCCGCGCGGGUACAGUGUGGCGCGGCCGGGCCGCCUCCGGGCGCGGGCGGCGCGGUGAGCGCGCUCGCGCACAAGGACGAGUGGUUCGUGUGACCACGCGGCCCGGCCGGGCCCGCAGGGCGGGGGCGCCGUACCGGCCCCCGAGCCGCCGGCGAUCGCGAUCUAUCCGACGCCGCUCUAUCUAUGUAUGUCCUACCUGAUUUAGCGACAGUUUUUUUUAGGUGAAUUUUUACUCGUUUAGUGGAGACGCGCCAGGCGUCUCGUGGCUGUCCAGUCUUUGGUGUUAACGAAUAACGCAAUGUAAAUUUAUCAAUAUAACAUUAAACAUUUUUGGCUUAUUGUUCGUAUGUUAUUGAGUGUUAUUCUCGUACCCUCUCGAGACUCGACUGACUUCGAGCGUUCUCUUUCAAACAAUUUAUUAUUGAAAGUAUCUAUUUAAAUCUAGUUAGUUAAUGAAAUAGUGAAGUCACUUGAUUCUCAAUAAAUUUAUUAACCUUCAUCUGUAUCUAUAAAAAAUAUUUAAGAAGACUAAUGAAUGUCUUGUAAUAAGUAUAUGUACAUUUUGUCAUACAGCUACAAAUUGAAGUGAACCCACGUAGGUAUAUUAAAAAUAAUGGCUGUCAUUGGUUGACAUUGUUAAACAUUUCACGAAAGUAAGGGGCCACGGAUUGUAGUAAAUUUAACUCUUUUACACCAUUGCCCAUUACUACUUACCAAUUUAGUUUAUGUCAUUUCUAAAUCAAAGUGUAAAGUUCAGUUGGUGUACGAGUAUUUAAAAUCUUUUCGAAACUUUGGUAUGUAAUAAUAGGUAUUAAUAUAUAUACAUAUAUCAUUUGAAUGCCUUCGAAAAAAUCAUCUAGAUUUAACGAAAUGAAAUACAUAGUUUUGGUUAAAUAAAUUAAUGAUCAUGAAAUUUGUUAGUGAUUCUCUAUUUUCAGCGCCAUCUGCUGAUGAGCGGAGUAACUAUUGCUAAACUACAUUACCUAUUUUUAUUUGUAACAACACAGGACGCCAUCUAGUAGAUUAUUAGUUAACUAUAUUGAAGUUGAGCUUUUCGACGUGUCAAACUUUACAAAGCUUAAUUUUUUUUUUAACUAUUUUUUGAACUAAAAUAUGAUUUCCAAGUUUAGUUUGCUUACAAAAUCAUGAAUUAAGUAAAUUUACGAUUUAAUUCAAUGAUGUCUUGAUUAUUUUGUAAACAUUACAACUAUUUAUGUUAUCGUUUGAAAAGUACCACAACAAUUGGACCAGUUUUUAUGAAGCUUAAUAAAGGUAACCGGCUUGACAAGUCCUCGGUAGUACUAUAACCAAUUACAAACUUUUGAAAAGCUCAACUCAAGCUCUGUAACCAGUUAACUGGCAGUAACGCGUCGGCCGUCGCGGGGAGCGUUUGUGCUUAUAAAUGUCACUUUAAAACAUUGAAUUCGCGCGAUUUUAAUGUUCACGUAAAAUAACAAAGUUUUGUUGAAAUACUAAUCUAAUUUAAAACAGCUAUUAGCGUGUUAUUUUUGUUCUAUUAUACGAUAUUACAAUAAUUAAUACGAACUAUCCGUGAUGUUUUUUUUUCAUUUUUAAUUAAAAAUAAACGUUACUGAUAUACAGAAAAUUAAAA